UUUUGUUCAGUGGAAAAUCUCGAUCUGUUGAAUUUAUAUAUUAUUAAAAUUAAAAUCAGAAUCAUAAAAAAGGUCAUAAUCAAGGUUUUGGAUUACGAUCACAAUUCAUCACAUUUUUUUACUAAUAUUUUAUGAAAUUACUGACACGUACUGUCACAAUUGUGUUCACAGAAAGAAACCCAAUCAUUUAUUAAAACCUCGAGCUUAAAAAUUAAUAAUAGUAUUAAAUGCAUUUUUUCUUUAAUUUUGUUUUUGUCUUUGCUCUGGUUGUUAAUAUUGUAACAAAUGGCCAGAAUCGCAGUCCCUUUUUUAAAACCUUUAGGAUUAAUAAAUACCUAAACUAUUAAAUGCACUUUCUCUUUGCUCAGGUUAUUAAUAUUGUAAUAAAUGGCCAGAAUAAACCUCGGGAUUAAUAAAUAACAAAAGUAUUAAAUGCAUUUAUUCUUUGAUUUUGUUUUUCUAUUUGCUUGGGUUAUUAAUAUUGUAAUGAAUGUGUACUGUGCUGUGGUGACCGGAUUUGGGGUGUUGGGUUGGUGGGAACAAUUAAUUCCGUGUUAUGUGUGUGUGCUUGGCCUUUGUGGGUUUUAAGGGAUGGGAUUUUUUUUGAAAUUUUUCGUGUGAAAUGAUAUCAUGUGAUAAUUGGUACUAGUACUAGCCUUUUUUCCCCCUAUAUAUUUGAUUCCUGAUUGGGUAUUAUGGGUAAACAUGAUUAGUUUCGUACUUAAAUGGAUUUUGAUGGGCUGUUUCUUUUUUUGGGUCUGGAAAAUUUGUGCUUUCAUGGUCCAGAGGAGAGAGCAUCAUUAAAUACUCGGAGUCAGAUUUUGCUGAAGUAGAAACUGGAAGCUAUAUACUAUAAGAUGAGACGAAUGAAGAAAGAUAUUGAAGAUGAAGUGCUUCCCAAUGAUAUGAGUGGGGCACAGUUGAAUGAUGAGAGUUAUGAAGGAAGUGCUGGCAUUGUUCUGAAGAAGGGGCCAUGGACAUCAACUGAAGAUGAUAUUUUGGUGGAUUAUGUCAAGAAGCAUGGGGAGGGGAACUGGAAUGCUGUUCAGAAGCACACCGGGCUGUUUCGUUGCGGAAAAAGUUGUCGGCUGCGGUGGGCCAAUCACCUAAGGCCAAAUUUAAAGAAAGGGCCGUUUGCCGCAGAAGAGGAGCGGCUGAUUGCUGAACUUCAUGCCAAAAUGGGAAACAAAUGGGCACGCAUGGCAGCUCAUUUGCCUGGUCGGACAGAUAAUGAGAUAAAGAACUACUGGAACACCCGGAUCAAAAGGCGUCAACGGGCUGGGUUGCCACUUUAUCCUCCAGAAGUGAGUUUGCAUGCUUUGCAAGAGAGUCAGCAUAGCCAAAGCACUGGUGGACUUAAUGGUGGCGAUAAAAUGCAUCCUGAUUUCUUGCAGAAAAACAGUUAUGAGAUACAUGAUGCUAUAUUUGACAGUCUAAAGGAUAAUCAGGGAAUCUUACCUUAUGUGCAUGAGCUUUCUGAUAUUUCUGUUUAUGGCAAUAAGCUAAAAGGUCUUGAUUCUUCUCAGUAUUGUAGUUUUGUGCCACCAACAUCACCUAAGCGUAAGCGUCUUAAAGAGUCAACAAUACCAUUUAUUGAUUCCUGUGCUAUGAACAAAAAGGAUUUAUAUCCAUUUGAUCAAAUUCAAGACAAUAAUUCUGAUAAGAUUGCACAAUCAUUUGGAAUGCAAGCACCCCUUGAUCCUGGUCUCUCCUCGCACAGUUCAAUGUGUUACAGCCAUUCACUUUCAAAUGGCAACUCCUCUACUUCUAAGCCUUAUGAGGCUAUGAAGUUGGAGCUCCCUUCACUCCAAUAUCCAGAACUCGAUUUAGGUAGCUGGGGUUCAUCUCCUCCACCUUCUUUGCUCGAGUCAGUUGAUGAUUUCCUUCAGUCUCCUACAGCAAUUAGUACACUGGAGUCAGAUUGUUCUUCUCCACAAAAUAGUGGCCUUCUGGAUGCUUUACUUUAUCAGGCAAAGACUAUGAGCAGUUCAAAGAACCAUUGUUCUGAUAAGAGUUCAAAUUCUUCUACUGCAACCCCUGGUGACAGAGCUGACAGCUCUAUUUUGAAUGUGUACGAGACAGAAUGGGAAGAUUAUGCUGACCCUGUAUCUCCCUUUGGUGCCACUUCAAUAUUGAAUGAGUGCCCAGCUCUUAGAGCCAAUGCAAAUUCAUUGAACGGACAGCUGCCAGUUCAGACCUUUACUGGCAACCUUCCGAAAUUAGAAUCUGUUGACCAGGUUUGGACUCCUAACAAUGAAAAUCUAACCUUGUCCCUGUUGAAUAUUACUCGUCCAGACUUCUUGCUUGCUUCAGAUUGGUAUGACCUAGGUUCUGGACAUUGCAAGAACCAAACCAUCACAACUGAUGCUGCAACGGCCUUUCUUGGAGAUGAUUUAGCCACUGACCUCAAGCAUAUGACUGCUGGAAUUUCUAAAACUAUGUUUGAAAAUCCAUUCCAGCCCCUCUAAAUGUACAUUCAGGGCAAAAGUAACAAAGGGGUUAUUUCUCUGAACGUAUGUUGAAGCCUCUGUACCGGAAAUCCAAACAAGCGCCAAGUCAAGUCAGGUGUGUUGUUGUGCAAUGGCAGUGAAUAAAAUGCACGCUGUCUGUCGGCUGUUCAAUCUUCAUUAAGAAAACUUCUAUCAGAUGUGUGAUUUGAAACUCUAUUACUAAGUAGAUUUGUGCUGAUUUUUUUUAACAUGAUUGUCCAAUGUCGAUAUUUCGUGGGCUGAAAAAGAUUUUAUGUGUGAUUUGCAGUACCAAAAAAUUGGUCAGAGACUAAUAAUUUCUUGUGGCUUUGUCACUUUUUUUUUUGGUGUUGCAUGUAUUGUACCAUCAUGAAUCUUGUGUACACAAAUGCUUUUGCAGACUCCUGAUUUAAUUGUUGAACAACAUUGCAGUUGAAACAUUGGACUGCAUGUAUCUGGAUUGGAUGGAUUAAGAAUGUCUUAGUUUUCUUA